AUGUUUACUCCACAAUCGUCAAAUAUUUUCUCGUCUCGCUCGGCCUCUCAAAUUCCAAAUCUCAAUCUUCGUCUCACUCUUUCUCCUUUUCAAACGCCCACCUACAUUUAUAAUAUUUUCUUUUCAACCCCUGCUGGUUUUAGAACAUUUAGUUUCACCCAUUCCGGUUCCGAUAUUCUCCUUCAUGAAAUUCAAGCUCCACAAAUUCUUCAUACACGCACUCUGAGAGGCCACACUAACCAAAUCAGUGGUCUAUCCUUUUCAAAAACAAAUGAAAACAUGCUCAUCUCGUGCUCUCACGACACUACUGUGCGAUUAUGGGAUUUGAGAAUGCCCGACCAAUCUAGCUGUGUGCAGGCUCUCUCUUUUGAAGGAACUACUCUUGCUCCUCAACUCAAUACAGUGGAUCUAUCUUUCGGAAGUGGAUAUUUGUAUGCUGUUGGAAGUGGACAAGUCAUGCAACCAGGUUCCAUCGUGGUUGGAGAUUUACGUAAAAACGACUCUCCUCUUUCAAAUUAUUUAGUGAUGGACGAAAUUCAUAGCGACUGUGUGAAUCAAGUUUCAUUUGGAUCUAAUAACAUGCUUUAUUCAUGUUCCGAUGAUGGAUUAAUACAUAUUUAUGACAUUUCAGAGUCUAAUCAAAAACAAGUUUAUGAAGAGUUGGAAGAUUCUUUAGAUGGAGCUUUGAAUGUUGAGGAUUCCGUGGAAAGAUUUGGAUUUUUGGGAACGACAAAUUGUUUGUAUGCUCUAUCGAGUACGAAUCAUCUUCACUUUUGGCUCUAUGAUGCUCAGGAAGAUGAAUAUGCGGAUUAUCGAGUCAUGAAACGAGAGGAUGAAUGGUAUAAUUUCAAACAAUUCAAAGAGACAAGCACACAACUCUUAGAUAUGGAUGCUCAAGAUAAUUUGCAUUUUGUGGAAGUGACAGGUUCUGUGGGGGAUGAUAGUGUUAUGCUACAUGCAAGCGCGUUAGGAUGUGUUUAUGUUUUCAAGAUGGCCAAAGAUUUAAAGAGUCAAGAAUUGAUAGCAGUCAUGAGAGGAGGUCACUCCAAAGACGCCCUUAUUCGAUCUGUGAAAGUAUUGAAUGCAACCACAUUAAUGACUGCUGGAGAGGACGGAAAACUCUGUGUCUUUACCGCUGAUUAA